UGGUAAAACUGCGCAACCAAUACUCACGUUGUGAAAUGUGUUUCACGUGUUACGCUUGUUUUGUCUCUCUCUAAUGUGAUGUCGGGCUAGACGUGUAGUUUGUUUAAACUACUGAUGAAGAAUAGAUGGCUCUUUAUGAUGCACAUGAAGACAAAUGUUAUGGUGAUAAUCAUACCGCUGGUGCUCUUCGUCAUCACGGUCAUCUUCCUCUCGGGCUUUCAUCCGACCACGUGACGUCAUUAUCUCGCACCCACAGCUGUGAGGCUGGCAGGUCAAUUCCCCACAUUCACUACCUCAACCCUCCGCCCCGGACCCAGGUCCCGCCCCCCUCCCCCACGGUCAGUCACCGGGAUGUCAUUUCAAGCAGAGUAUCAGGAGAGUGAGCAGCUCGUCCGAGGAGCUGAGACACGAGCAGACCACAGAGAAGUCCCGGGUUCUGAUGCUUCUCAUGGUUUGGAUAUAGGAGAAGAUGCUGAAGAUGCUGCUUACCUGGAGUAUGACGAUGAUGACGCUGCUGCUCUGCUGCUCAGCAUCAUCCUCAUCCUCAUCAUUAUGUCCUCCAUCUUCUUCACCACCAUCAUCUUCAGUGCCAGUGGGGCCUCGGAGCUGGCCUUCCUCACAGAACCCGGUGACGUCAUCGCUGUGAGGGACCGCCCCCUCCUGCUGGACUGUCAGGUGGAGGGCGAGGGGCCCAUCUCCAUCACCUGGCGAAGGAACGGCGUUCCCGUGCCGACUGGGGUACGUGCCACCGUCCUGGCCAAUGGGACUCUGCUGAUCCGGAACUUCUCCAAGAGGCGGGACAGUAAUGAGACGGACGCCGGCGAGUACGACUGCGCUGCACAGAACCGAUACGGCAUGUUGAUCAGCCGCAAGGCGCGAGUGCAGCUGGCAUCUCUGCCCAAGUUCCUGUCACACCCCCAGUCUGUGGCAGUGGAUGAAGGGGGCGUGGCCAGACUCACCUGCCAGGUCAACGGCAUCCCGGAGGCCAGCAUCACCUGGCAGAGAGACCGCGGUCUGCUGAGCACUGAGGACCCCAGGUACACUCUCCUGCCCAACGGCAUCCUGCAGAUCACCGGCGUGCGUCAGAGCGAUAGCGGCUCUUACCGCUGCGUCGCCGCCAACAUCGCCAACACACGCUUCAGCCAGGAGGCCCAGCUUUCUGUCACAGUGGCAGGAGCCAGGAUCUACAAGGAGCCCGUCAUCCUGUCCGGACCACAGAACCUCACGAUCAACGUCCACCAGACUGCCAUCCUGGAGUGCAUCGCCACAGGGAACCCCCGACCCAUCGUGUCCUGGAGUCGACUUGAUGGGCGCUCCAUCGGGGUGGAGGGGAUCCAGGUCCUCGGAACCGGCAACCUGAUGAUCUCGGACGCCACGCUGCAGCACUCUGGUGUCUACGUGUGUUCGGCCAACAGACCCGGGAGUCGAGCCCGGCGGACAGCACUCGGGCGACUUGUCGUUCAAGCUCCGCCCGAGUUCGUCCAGUGGCCUCAGUCCGUCUCCAGACCAGCAGGGGGCAGCGCUGUCUUCAGCUGCACUGCGUCGGGCGCCCCUGAGCCUCACCUCAUCUGGCUGAAGAACGGGAAACUGCUGACUCCCGGAGGCAACGUGAAGCUGACCAACGGAAACACGACGCUGGCCAUCACUCGCAUCACCCCAGAGGACGAGGCCAUUUACCAGUGCAUUGCAGAGAACAGCGCCGGCACCAACCAGGCCAGCGCCCGCCUGGCCAUCAGCCAAGGCCCGGAGCUGCCCCAGGCACCCACCGGGCUUCAGGCCACGCCCCUCAGUAGCAACAGCCUGCAGCUGGCCUGGGAGCAGCCCGAGGAGCACAUCAGCCAGAACAUCAUCGGCUACGUCCUGCACAUCCGUCGACUUGGAGAGCCAGACAGCGCUGAGCUGCAGGAGGCAGUCAGCAAAACCACCUUCAAGCAUGAGGUGUUGAAUCUGGACCCCGCCACCACCUACUCCAUCUACCUGAAGGCCUACUCUGCCCUGGGAGGCAGCCAGCAGUCCAGCACCAUCACGGCCACCACGCUGGGAGGAGUUCCUGCCUCUCCGACGUUCUACACUAAAGUCCUGAACCAGACAGCCAUGCAGGUCUACUGGGAGCUGCCAAGCAAGCCAGGGAAGCUGGAGGGCUUCAAGCUGGAGUACCGAGGAGUGUCCCACCCAGACAUCCACGGCCAGGAUACCUUCCCGGGACACAUCAACACUCACACCAUCUCUCACCUGGAGGCAGCCGCGGUGUACCAGGUCCAACUGCUGGCCUUCAACGGGAACGGGGACAGUCCACCCAACCGCCGCUUGGUGUCCCUUGUGGAGGGCGGAAGUAGCGCCCCAGCCGGGCCCUGCAACUGCGAGCACAGCGACGGCUCCGUGUCCACCCUGCUGGUCGGAAUCCACAGUGGCGUCGCCGCCGUCCUGUGCUGCCUGCUGGUCGUCCUGUUGGCGUACCGUCGCAGUCUCUUGUGCAGGAAGUCAGGUAGCUGGGAGACCCCGCCCACUUUGAACGAAGUCAGAGGUCCAAAGGUUCCAUCGGAGACUUUUGAGCUGCGUCAGAGGAGUGACCAACCGCCAGUGAUGGUCAUGGUGGAGGCUCCUCCUCUUCAGGCGGGCACCGGCACUGGAUAGCACACACCCUUUCCUCCCCUGAACCCCACCCGCUGUCGGCUCCUCUCCUGACCGCCUUACAGCCACGCCGCCUUGAUUUUAAGUUAGAAUUAAGGAACGUCUAUCGUCUGCCCCGCCCGACUCGUCUCCAGAUGUCCACCACCUGGAAUACAAUUCACCAAGUUCCUCCUGGAAGCCAAAGCUAAACCAUUUCACCCUGAACCCUCGACGUUUGGACGAACCUGUUGAAACCAAAACCUUCUUUUUCCGUUAUUAGUCUUGUGUUCGUCACCAUUGGUGCCAAGUUUGUGUGACACCGAGGCCUUCCACCAGUCUGUUCAGAGUUCCGGCCCUCACAGGAGCCACUGAGGGCCAGUCAUGUGGUCCUCAGAUCCUGCUGAGGUCACCAGCCAAAGGGAUUUGACUCUGAUCGGACGGUGUCCGCAGGGGACGCGCUCGUCCUCGGCUUUGCUUUAGUGCUUGAUUGUCUCACCGAGUUCGCCUCUAGUCAGGACGCCGACAGCCGGUCUCUUUCCACCUUCCUUUCUUCCCUUCCUCCAAACUCUUCCUCCAAAGAGAGGCUCAGUGCCUGCUCCAGGCCACACAAGCCCAUGCUGCUGGUCCUGCUAGCCUACCUCAAAACCAAAAGGCCUGUUGUGGGCUGCGUGUCUUCUUAUGUGCCAAUGUCCGUCUGUGCCCGACCAAACCGACUCACCCGAAGCUCUUCCUGAGAAGGUUUCUGGAGCUCCACAUCCUUCUAAGCACCUCCUCCAGUCAAGCACCAGCUGCCUCCUCCACUGACGCUUCCCUUUUCUGCCACUGUGUGUCGCUGUUACCUCCCGAAGCUCAGUGGAGAUGUUGGAAUGACUUUGACUGCUACCUCUUCCGGGUGCUCCAGAUGUUUGGACGUCUGUCUUCAUGGAGAACAGCCUGUAUUCUCACUUCCCUUAGUGCUGAUGUCCGGAUUCCAAAAGUUCAUGUCCAAAGAUAAUGUUGUUUCCUCCAGUUUGUUUGUACAUGUCUGUGAACAAACAUGUUAGUCAGAACUAGGUGAAUAUAUUUUCCUAUGUAUAGCAGCCAAAUAAGAAUGAAGAAUAGACGGUGCCAAACUGUAAACUCAGAACACCUGCUGUCUGUCCUGUUGACCUAGAAGAGAGCUGUGACCUUUGACCUGACCUCCAGUAGAUUUACUCAAAGUCUGACUCACGACUCGUCCGAGACACAAGACUCACUGGAGUCACUUGAAGAAGUGACUCAGACUCUUCACAGACGGCUUGUUUUAUUGUUUAGGAGCAGUGCUGCCUACAAGUCGUCAUGUGGGUUGUUUUAUUUAAGCUGGUGGUGGAGUCAGAAUUUUUUUAAGGAACCAGAGGCAGAGUCAUGAAGUUCUCGGGUCAAAGGUCACAGCUGGUUCGGGACCCUUUAAUGAAUAUUUUACAAAUGUGUGAAGUUUGGCUCGAACUGUUCUUCCAGUUUCAGUCUCAGUCAUAAGCAAAGAGCAAAUGAGCCAAACCGAAGAAGAGCCGAUGUUUUACCAUGUUUUCCCUCUUACUUUCCAGUUUUUACUGAAUUGUUGCUAGUUGAAUGAGAACGUUUGUAGAGUUUGAAGCGUGACUGCAGCUGACACCAGAGCCACUGAGCGAACCGCCAUAAUUCCUGAGAGCCAUGAGUGUGCUCCUGUUCUUGGCUCGCUGCUCUGCUGCCCCCUGCUGGCCACGCUGUAGAAACUAGAAAGUGUAGCGCUGGAAUGCUAGAACCAAUGAGAAAAGUGACGCUUUAAUAUUUCUGAUUUCUUUUCUCCAGUUUAAUGUGUCCGAAGAAGAAAAGCUUUAAAGUCUGAGACCUCGCGUCUCUGACGUUUUCAACUUCUGUGUGUGAAGUUCAGACACAUGGAA